GAAAGUCAAACCCGGUUAAAUGGUGAAACCAAGACGGCACUGCAGGACCAUUUACAGAUAAUGGUUUCCCAUACCUAUGGUCUGGACCAUAUGGAUCAGAGGCAGUUGCAGGCAAGAUCGAGCCAGAUUCCCAAACUGAAAACCCAAAUGUAGCAAAAAAAGAUAUUUAUUCUAAAAAAGUGGAAGUUCAUUCAUCAAAGACAACUGGACAAAAUGGUAAUUUCUGCACCGGACUCCAGGAUGAAAGCCAAUAUAUUUUAUUUGUUAUUGGUGUUUGCUCGUUUCAUUUGUACAUCUCAAGCAGAAGAGGAUCCUUUGGACAGUUUGCUAAGUUCUUACAAAAAUUCUCGCGACCUUUCCGCAAGGAGGCUCAACUUCGAUCACCAUCGUCAUGUACGUGAUUGUCAGCCCAUCGUGUAUGGAAACACGACCUUCGAGGUACAUUCACCAGCGAGUAGGGCUUCCAAGAAGAGCAAAAACACUUAUCAGCUUAAAUAUUUCUCAAAGAAGAUUUCGACCGAAAAUGGUGAUCGCUUUGUAAACGGUCACCUCACCUCUAUAACCAAUCCUUUGCAAAGUUUGUCAGUCCUUGAGCCUCUUCGUUCCGGUGGAUGUGCUGGCAACGUACGGUCCACGGUUGCCAUGACGUCAGAGCAAAUGAACUGUCGUUUGGCAGUGAAUGCUGGAUAUUUCAAUACUCAUAUGGGAAGUUGCCUUGGCAACAUAGUCAGCGGUGGCGAAUUGGUACGAGAUUCCAAAGGUAUUCAAAAUGCAAAUUUUGGAAUCCUAAAAAAUGGAAGUCUGGUGGUUGGUUAUUUGUCUGAGCAAGAUGUCACUGCCGGCAUUGAAAAAGAAGAGUUCUACCAACUUGUCACAGGUGUUGUAUGGAUUCUUAGAAAUGGGGAAUUAUAUGUUGAUGAAAGUAUCAAAGCUGAGUGCCAAGAUACCGAAGAAACGGGCACCAUAAAAAUGUUUGCAAAUGUUGUAUCUGCAAGAACUGCUGUUGGUUAUGACAAAGACGGCCGUGCGAUGAUUGUUCAAAUUGAUGGCAAAACUCAUCACCAAGGGUUGAAUCUUUAUGAUUUUGGUAGAUUGUUGCAAUCAUUUGGAUUAGUAAAUGCCAUCAAUCUUGACGGUGGUGGCUCUGCGACAUUUGUGGACAAUGGCAGUGUUGUAAAUUAUCCAUCUGACAAAUGCGAACAGUUUAAUUGUGCAAGAAAAGUGAGCACCAUCCUCUGUGUUCAUGACAAAUUAUGCAACCCCCCUGAUUGUAAUGGCAAUGGUGAAUGUAGCAGGGAUGGUGUGUGUGUGUGUCGCUCUCCCUGGACUGGGUCUGGAUGUUCCCAACGCAAUGAUUCAAAAAUGCCAGUCAUUCAACGUCAAAUGGUCUUCUGUAAUAAAUCAAUGGCUGGAAAUUGCUCAACUUAUGGCAAUGUGACAACCAGAGAGGUUAUCAAAAGAUUUUUGAUCAGGAACUAUGCAUGGAUAGAUGUAUUGUUGAUUUUCAGUGUCUUGGUCAACUUUAUCAUGCUUUUUGUCCUAUUUUGUGGACAAUCAUCUAAGAAGAAAGCUGCAGCUCCACGCAAGACAACCAGAUUGAAGGGAGAGGAUACCGUAAAUUUGCUGGAAGAAAGCGAUGAAAUAUAAAAUGCAUUCAAACUUACAAUGAAAAGACUUUUGCAAAUCCAUGUUUGUUUAGUUUACAUAUUUAAUUGUUACAGCAAUUUAUGGAGUGAUCUGAAACCAAAAUGAUAUAUUUAUGUAUAUUUAAGUAAAUGCAAAUGGCCUAAUAAGUA